AUGAUCGGUACCCCAAUAGAAAACUUGACCGUUUCGCAGAUAAAGGAGGAGCUGCGACGUCUCUACGGCGUCAGCGACUUCUCGGAUGUCGUGGAAUUGAAGGAUCUGCAGGCCAAGCUUGUCUCCACACGCAACUCGCAGUUCAUCACGCAUGGUCUGCGGUACGGGCCACUGCUGCAGGUCGGCAACCGGAAGAACCCCAGCGGGGUUGUGACGCUGUCGCAUGGCUUGGGUGACUCGGCGCAGGGGUGGGAAAGCGUCGCGCGUGAGCUGGCGGGGUCCCUGCCGCACCUCCUCUUUCUCCUUCCGACGGCCCCGGUGCGCCCAGUGACCAUCAACGGUGGCAUGUCGAUGAAUGCGUGGUACGACAUCAAGGACCUCGGCGGCGCGCUGGAGAAGUCGCGCCAAGACGAAGAGGCGGUGGUGGCCUCCGCCGACUACCUCACGAGUCUCGCAUACACCGCGACGCAGCGCCACCGCCUUCCGGGCAGUCGCGUCGUGUAUGCGGGUUUCUCGCAGGGCGCCGCGGUCUCGCUCGCGGCAGGGAUCACCGCGCGCCUUGCACCGGCCGGUGUGGCGGUGCUCUCUGGGUACCUCGCGGGCGGCAACGCGGUCAUGUCGCGUCUGCGCAACAAGGACGUCCCUAUCCUCAUGUGUCACGGCUCAGAGGACGACGUUGUGCCCUUCGACGCGGCACGGAAGUCGAAACAGGCGCUGGAGGCGGCCGGCGUGGCCGCGAUCACGUUGAAGUCGUACCCCAUGGCGCACUCGGCGCACCCGGACGAGAUCCAAGACCUUGCGGGUUUCCUGAAGCGCGUCUUGCCGGCAAGUGCGUCCAAGGCGUAG